AAGAUGGCGGACGCUAACGAGAAGCUGCUAGCAGAGCUUUUAAAAAAACCUGGAAAUAAUAUUUGUGCCGAUUGUGGAGCAAAAAAUCCAGAAUGGGCAUCUUACAACAUAGGCAUAUUUGUAUGUACAAGAUGUGCAGGAGUACAUCGAUCUAUGGGAGCAGCGAUUUCAAAAGUGAAGCAUCUAAAACUUGACAAGUGGGAAGACUCCCAAGUGAAUCGAGUACGUGAAAUAGGUAAUGCAGCUGCACGAUUACACUAUGAAGAGCGAGUUCCACCAUGCUACCGAAGACCAAAUCAAGACUCCCCUCAGGUUUUAAUAGAACAGUGGAUUAGAGCUAAGUAUCAAAGACAAGAAUUCUGUCACCCAGAUAAGCAGAAUCAUUAUGUUUCCGGAUUCAUGGAAGGAUUUUUAAUGAAAAGAGGUAAAGAGGAUGCCAGGUAUCACCCUAGAAAAUUUGUUUUAAGUGAAGCUGAUGAUACCCUAAAGUAUUACGUAAAAGAAAAUAAGGAACCAAAAGCAGUAUUGAGAAUAUCAGAAUUGAACGUAUCAUUCGCACCACCAAAGACAGGCAAUCAAAACAGUCUACAAAUUUCUUUUAUGAAAGAUGGAACUACUAGACACAUUUAUGUCUAUCAUGAAAAUCCAGAAGUAAUAACUAAUUGGUAUUUAGCUAUAAGAUGUGCAAAGUUGCAUCGUCUUCAAGUGGCAUAUCCAGGAGCAAGUGAGUCUGAAUUAUUGUGUCAACUAACAAAAGAUUUCCCAAAAGAAGGAUUUUUAUGGAAAACAGGACCAAGACACAGUGAUGCUUAUAAAAAACGAUGGUUUACAUUAGAUGGUCGUAAAUUAAUGUACCACGAUGAUCCAAUGGAUGCUCAUCCAAAAGGAGAAAUAUUCUUAGGACAUACUUCUGAAGGUUAUGCUGUAAAAAUAGGAGUUCCACCAGGUGCUCGUGAUCAAGGUUUCUCAUUUACUCUUGAAACCCCAGAUAGAACUUACCUUCUUUCAGCUCAAACUGAAGAAGACAGAUCCCAAUGGAUAAAUGUUUUUCAAAAAGUUUUAGUUAAACCUUUAACACCUCAAGAUGCAAAUAUUGCUGCUCGUCUUGUAAGAAAACGUAAUGCAAGUAGUACAAUAAAUAUAUUUUCAGCAAGGUAGGGAUGCGCCUUAUCUAGAUAAUUAAUACAUCUAAAUUAUUAAGCACCAAAUUUUUGCAAUAAAAAGCGGUGCAUAGAACAACUUGGAUUAUGCAAAAUAAUAGAGAAUUUUUAUGAAACUGAAGUUGCUUGAAAUAUUUUAAGCCGCACAAAUGAUAAAUGAGCAAUGAUAAUUACAUAUGAACGGUGAAGAGUAGUCACAAAAGUUAAAAUGCGUCAUUAUUAAAUAUUUGUAAUAUCUACAAUGAAAUAAUUCAGGUAGUAAUUUAGUAUUUUGUAGAUCUUUAAAUGGAAUGAAGUUUGGAGUAUUGGAUCAAUACUCAAAUUGUGCACAAGAUAUCUCAACAAAUUAUGAUGACAUUAGAAUAGGAAAUUGGAAAGUUAUAAAGCCAAUUUCGAAUUUUUAUAUAAGAUUAAAUUAAUCAAAGAAUUGAGAUGGACAUGAAGUUUAGUAAUACUCUUUGGCGUUUGAUUAUUCCGACUGUUAUGACUAUAAUUGUUUGAAAUGUAUAUUUUGAUAAGCAAUAAAAGAACGCUGCUUUAGAGGUAGAUAUUUGAUGUAUAUUCAUGUGCUAAUAAGUACUGACAUGCCCUUAAGAAUCUUGGCAGGGAAUGAUAGAUAUAAAAAAACUUUACAUUUUUAAAAAUCAAGUAAAAUUUUCCAACUUACCGACAUUUGUAUAAUGUACACUAAUUCUUUCAAUAAUCUAUUGAAGAAAAUUCUAAAAAGAAGUUGUUCAUAUUUAUAUCAAUCUCUUUGUAAGGUUAUUCUUAUAUAAAAUUAUUACAAAGUUGAAGUUUCAAACGAACAUCUUUCAUAAUAAUACACUAAAGUUGUAAAACGAAAAACGAUAAAAUAUUUUUAAGCAUCAAGAGAAUUACGAGUUGCAUGUGAUUGGUUUGAUUUUUUAUCAUCUUGUGUUUGUUAGUGUCAAAGUGUAAAAAAGUCUUUAAAUUUCUAACCCAAAGAAAAAAUUUUAUGUCUUAAUUAAUUUACUAUAUAAAUUUUUUUACAAUGUUUGCGUACUGGUAAAGAAAUCAGAAAUUUGAGCGGAGUGCGAUUGAAUUGCUAACUUAAUUUAAAGAAGCUGCUACGUUAAAGAUACGUCGAUAGCUCAUAGAUUCAACUACUCUUUUCUAUCAUGGCGAUAAAAUAAUUUCAUAUAAAUAAAUAUGUGCUCACUAAAGGAAUAGCCAUAGUUCAAUAAAUAAAUUUUUUGCUGUACAAGUCCGGUAGCUUUGAUUAUUUUCGACUCUCAUUAUUAAUUAAAUAUUUUAUAACUACUUGUACUUGAAUUUUAAUCAUACCAAACAAUUAUUUGCUUGAAACGAAAAUUAUGAUGUUUUUAGUUAAAUAUUCAAUGCAACUAUUAAUUGAUUGUGAUCUUGUAUAAUUUUAAAUAUAUUUUACUGAAUGUAUCGUCACUUUUUUGAAUAAAUUACGAUAUAAUUUUCUAUAAGAUAUAAAACGGAUAUUUUAUCAAAACUGCAUUCAUACAAUAUGAUUUUCAAAGCACCACUAUAGUUAUUUACAUUUUGAGUAUGUAAUGGAACUUGUUGAUAAA